AAUUUGACAAGUGCACCGAAAGAGAUGGGAGGUAUAUAAAAUGAAAUAAAAAAAAUAAAUAAACAAACAUAAAGAAAGGUCUUUUGGUCAAAAAAUAAACUUAGCUAAGCUUAGCUAGUGUAGUACGAGUAGAAGCAAGUAUAAGUUCAAGAGGGAAACCAAACAGUCGCAUUAUUUUCUCUGAUCAUUGCAAGUUCUUUGUUUGUAAAUAUAAAGUAAGGUGUACUGACGUUUUGGCCUUUCUACUUUGAUUUAGAUAUUACGCAUUUUAAAUUUAAUUUUGAAAUUAUGUGCAUUUUUCCUGAAGAAAUAAUUGAGCGGAUUUUAAAACAUUGUGAUGGUAAAACUUUACUUAUUGCUUAUGCUGUUAAUGAGCAAUGGAAAAACAUCAUUCAAAGAUUAACCAAAAGAACAAAAAUAUGGAAGAGAAAUUGUCUUAGGGAUAUACCCAAAGGUGAACUUGUGAAGUAUACAGAAAAGUAUAUUAAUCAAAACGAUAUAGACAAAUGGUUAAAUAUUUAUAAAAAUUGGUGUGCUUGGCAGGAUAUUGAUGGCAAUAUUGAAUUUGAUAUACAUUUGUCUCCAAUUGAAGUAUCAAGAAUUACCAGCAUUGCAGUUUCAGGAAGAUAUGUAGCAGUGGGUUCAGAAGAUGGUAGAAUCAAAAUAUUUAAUGACAAUUGGGACUUAUUGCAUACAACCAGAUAUCAAGCAAUCAAAAUCACAGAAAUAACUUUUAUGUGUGAUGAAGAAUACUUUGAGGCAAGGAAUGGAAGAAUUUAUGUUCUUAUUGCAUACAAAACAGGCACCUUAGUUUUAACAGAAUUUGAUGGAAAAUUAAAUGAACUUUCAGUCAUUCAAGAUGUUAAAUUGCAUAGCGUUUACAAAAAGUAUCUUUGUUAUGAGAAGAGAGGUGGCCGAAUUACAAUCAGUAAACUUUGCAAAAAUUCGAUGGGCACUAAUGUAUUUUGCGAAAUAACAUUUCUGAGAAUUUACUCACCAAGUGAGGUCUCUUGCCUGCAUAUGUGGGGUGGGACGGCAACGUUUUUGAUAAAUAACGAGGUCAAAGUUCUAAAGUAUGACGAAAAUGUUCCUCCCAUAAGCAUUCCAGAGCGCAGAGUAAGGAUAAAAUUUUGCAUAAACAACCAUCCCAGGCUGGAAAGAUCGUGUCACAUUUAUAGAGAUGACAUUAUUAUUUGUGCAUCCACAACAGAAGAUGAUUUAAGAGAACAGUUCCUAGAACUAUUUAUUUUGGGAGAAAAAGGAAGUUACAGCAAAAAAUUGUUUAAUACCUGGGAUGUUCUUGAAUCAUACAUUACUUGCAUGUUUUUGUAUGGAAAUACAUUUAUUAUAGGAGUGGAUAUUGGAAACAUUUAUUUUUACCACAUCAGUUCAUGGAAAGAGUUCGAUAUUCGUAAUUAUCAAAAGAAAAUGAUAGUUGGUAGACAUCCUAUCAAUGGGAUUGAUGUAAGAGAAGACAGUCACCAAAGAAAAUUUUAUGUUCAUUCCAGCUUUAAAGUUCAUGAAAUAACAGGAUUAAGAGUAAACGAUUAUCAGUAUGAUUUACAUUGUGGUGUUUAAAAUGAGUCAAUGUACUUAAUACAUAAUAUUUUUCUUCAUUUAUACAUGUAGAGAUGCAUUAUAAAGAAACAAAUAUGUACCUAAGAACGAUAUGAUAAGGAAAAAUAGUUUCUAAUUUGAUAAGGGUCAUUAUUUAAAUAUGAAUAAUUUAUUAUUUUCAUGUGGAAUUAGAAAGUCAUGCUUUUGAUUACUUGUAAGGCCAAAAAUAAUGAAUAGGAUCGAUAAUGAUACGAAAAUGGUCCCCAAGCAGGGAGUUUAAUAAGUUAUCUAAAAAAAUUAUUAUGUUUCGUUCAGAGUAAAUUAUUCAUAUUUGUCGUAAUGUUAAUAAACUGUUAAUAAUAAUAUGUUUAGGUUGAUUUUAGACUGAACAUGUGUGUAUUGUUUAUAAUUAAUAUAUUUGUGAUCUAUUUUUGUUUAUGGCUGUUGCUGUUGUUUCAAGGAGAAUGGGGAAUUGUUUUAAAAUUACUCAGAUUUAUGAUUUGUUGGCAGUGUUCCUGCUGAUUUGCAUUUUUUACGUACUAUAAACAUUUCAAAACUGACAGGAAUGUUUGUACCCAUUCAAAAUUCUCUGUGUACAUAGCUACAGAAGAAUGCAGUAGUGUAAUUUUAUAGAAAAUGCAAUAUUGG